GAAGCAUUAUGGGAAGUCGUGCAUAGAAGGGGGCUGACCCGAAUUAGUGCGGUGUUACUAGGCUCGCAAUCCCCAGCAGGUAAAAUACAAAGGAGUGGAGUGGAAUACGUCGACGUUUUAAGGAAGUUAUCAGAAGUUUUGUGAUUGAUGAAUUGGAGCGUUUGAUGGGAUGAAAUAGCAUCUGCUUUCCGACCACUGACUGCGAAGUUAUUUUUUUCAAUUUAUCGUUCGGGAAGGAAGAAAGUGUGUGCCGAGAAGAGGACUGCUCUACAUCAUACACAGAGAUGGGGGCUGUUGUAUCCCGGUGGAGGGCCAAACCGUCCACAGUGGAUAUUUUGGAAGGAAUAGAGAAGGAUAUACACACUCUUGAGGAGUUUAGGGAAAAAAACCAGAGACUGUUGAAAUUGUGGGUGGGACGACUGCUGCUGUAUUCCUCUCUGCUCUUCCUAAUCAGCGCUUUUUUAGUGUAUUUUUGGUAUCUUCCUCGACAAUGGACAAAGCAAUUAAUAAUUGCCCUUCUAUUUUUGGCAUAUCCAAUCCUAGUGUGGUUUACAAGGAAGUUGAUGAUUUCUGUUUUUUCAAAACGAACAGAAAGAAACAAUGAAAAAUUAGAAGAUCUGAAAUCCCAAAAAAGAAAAAUUCUUGAAGAGGUCAUGGAGACAGAAACCUAUAAGAAUGCGAAAAUGAUCCUGGAAAGAUUUGAUCCAGAGUCAAAGAAAAAAGUUCUGGAGCUGGAAUCCACACCAGUUGGGCCCCAGAUGGCUCCUAGACCAGGCCAAGAACUUCGUCAGCGCAAUAUUGCCUCUCGGGCCCCGGUCACAGGGACCCCGGUCAGCGCUGCCGCCCGUCCCCCACCAGCCGUGGGCACUGCCCCUUUGGGGCCGUUGCCCCACUCGGCCCCGGGCGGACCCCCUGAGAGGAGCCUGGCUGCUGCGGCUGCCCAGCAGAGCCUGAUGCGGAGGCCCAUGAGCCCGGGCAUGCCCGUCCCGGGAAUGGGACUGCACCCCCCAGGCCCGCCCCUCGCCAGACCCAUCCUCCCCCGGGACAGAGGCGCCAUGGACAGAGUCAUCGAGUACCUGGUAGGAGACGGCCCUCAGAACAGAUAUGCCCUUAUAUGCCAGCAGUGCUUUUCCCAUAACGGCAUGGCGUUAAAAGAGGAAUUUGAAUAUGUUGCCUUCCGAUGUGCUUACUGUUAUUUCCUGAACCCUGCGAGGAAGACACGGCCCCAGGCCCCUCGACUGCCCGAGUUCAGUUUCGAGCGAAGGACGCUCCCCGACGUGCCCGUCCCAGGACCGUCCUCUGGGCCCAAGCAGAGCGACCCCCCCUGUGUUCCAGAUAAUGAAAAGCUGGAGGAUUCUCCCCCAGUGUCAGAACCUGAGCCACAGGAGAGCCCGGUCACUGAGGAGGCCCCAGCCACAGAGGAUCCUGGUACCCCCGAAUCGGAGAAAAGCCCCUCUGAGAACACUGAAGAGGAGCUGGAAGUUUCCCAGAUGGAGGUCGAGUAGCAGGAGUCAACCCCCCACCCCCUCCCCCCCUACACACACACACACACACAAACUCAUGUCAACACAGUCAUAUUGGUCCAGAGUUUCAGUUUGGUGGUGUGAAUUGCUCAUGGUUUUUUACAUAUGCUUUACGUGAUGGCGAAUAAAUCACGACACUGUACACAAGAGCGUCUGAAGACCUUCUAGAAAUGAGUGGAUCCCAAAUGCUGGAUGUAUGCGUGAGAUGAAAGGGAAGUCCGGCUGUCUGCCUUUGCUUAUGUAUGUUUUUUUUUUUUUUAAGUUUAAUAAAAGAACAGACUCAGCCAUAUUUCCUGUGCCAAGAGUUUACAUAUCGUAUACUGUAGCACUUGUGCGCAUACGGCAAUAAUGACCCAAGCACAGGAAGAUCUUAAGUUAUUGCUUUUUGAGUGAUCAACUAAAUGAAUUGUGGGGAUUUUCCACCAAUUUUAGCUGAGCAGAGAAAUGAUUUGCUGCACAAGUACCAUUCUGUUUCUUUGUAUCUCAUUGAAUGUCUUUUUAUAGUGUUACAUAGCACAAUGCAUAGAAUACAAUAAUAUAUUGUCAAACAUAAUAUGUAAACGUAUAAAAAAUGUUAUAGCGCCAUUUCAGAAAGUCAUGUUGGGAUUUUUGGUACUCAUGGCGCAGUGAGGCCAUCCUCAUGUUUCCCUGGUAAUGCCACGGUGAUGGAAGUGCCAUGAACAACACUUAUUUAUUACUACUAAGAAAAAAGUAUUAAGAACCUAACAGUCUUUUGUGCCUGUGUGUAUUUUAAAUAUUCUCAUACAAAAAUGAAAUAAAAUGAGCUAUUUUCAUGUU